CGAGCCUUGGCGGCGGCGGCGGCGGCGGCGGCGGCAGCACUGACACCGACACCUCCCACCAUGGACAGCUUCGACUUAGCACUGCUCCAGGAAUGGGACCUCGAGUCUCUGUGAGAGAAAGGAAGAGGAAGAGAGAGAGAAACAUUGAUCGGUUGUUUCUUCUACGUGCCCUGACUGGGGAUAGAACCUGCAACCUAGACUUCCUGCUGCCUCUUCUGGUCUUCCUGUCUGCCAGCACUCAAAGUGGACUUUAAUUUGCCUCCAAGUGGCAGUGACUGUUUCCGAAAUGUUCCUUGGUUCUCCAGGAUCAGAGUUUGUGCUGUCAGAGUAAACAAGUGUCUAUGAACCAGAUAGAAAUGUGUUACGGAGGAAAGAACGAGAAAGGAGAAAUCAGGAAACUCAACAGGAUGAUGGCACAUUUAAUUCCAGUUAUUCCCUCUUCAGUGAACCCUACAAGACUAACAAGGGGGAUGAACUGUCCAACCGGAUCCAGAAUACCUUAGGCAAUUAUGACGAAAUGAAAGACUUUUUAACUGAUAGAUCUAAUCAGAGUCAUCUCGUUGGUGUUCCCAAACCUGGGGUUCCUCAGGCUCCUGUGAACAAGAUCGACGAACAUUUUGUUGCAGAUUCAAGAGCCCAGCCCCAGCCCUCAUCUGUUUGCAGCACUGCAUCUUCCACACCAGCAGCUGUCUCUGUGCAGCAGAGUAAGAGGGGCACCAUGGGCUGGCAGAAGGCUGGGCACCCGCCACCUGAUGGCCAGCAGAGAGCAACACAACAGGGCUCUCUCAGGACCUUGCUUGGAGAUGGUGUUGGCAGGCAGCAGCCACGGGCCAAACAAGUGUGCAAUCUAGAGGUAGGUCUUCAGACCCAGGAAAGGCCACCUAAUAUGCCAGCCAAGCACAGCAGCAGUGGACACUGUGUUCAGAAUUUUCCUCCAUCCUUGGCUUCAAAACCCAGCCUGGUUCAACAGAAACCGACCGCAUAUGUGCGGCCAAUGGACGGCCAAGAUCAGGCUCCUGAUGAGUCUCCAAAGCUUAAGUCUUCCACAGAAACCAGCGUGCACUGCACGUCAUAUAGGGGAGUCCCGGCCACCAAGCCAGAGUCCACCAGAACCAAGGCCAAGCUUUCCAAGUUCAGUAUCCCCAAACAAGCAGAGGAGAGUAGAUCUGGAGAAACCAACAUUUGUGUGGAAGAAAUAAUCCGGGAGAUGACCUGGCUUCCACCACUCUCUGCUAUUCAGGCACCUGGCAAAGUGGAAGCAAGCAAAUUUUCAUUUCCAAAUAAGGACUCUCAGCUCAUUUCCUCCGGACACAAUAAUCCAAAGAAAGGUGAUGCUGAGCCAGAGAGUCCAGACAAUGGCACCUCAAAUACAUCAAUGCUAGAAGAUGACCUUAAGCUAAGUAGUGAUGAAGAGGAGAAUGAACAGCAGGCAGCCCAGAGAACUGCUGUCCACGCUCUGUCUGACAGUGCCUCUGUCCAGCAGGCCGGCUGCAGAGCCUCGGUGCCUUCCAGCAAGGGCAGCAGCAGCGGCAGCAGCAGCAGCGGCAGCAGUUCGUCCAGUGACUCGGAGAGCAGCUCGGGAUCUGACUCUGAGACCGAGAGCAGUUCCAGUGAGAGUGAAGGCAGCAAGCCGGCCCACUGCUCCAGCCCUGAGGCUGAGCCCGCGUCCUCUAACAAGUGGCAGCUGGAUAAAUGGCUGAACAAAGUUAAUCCCCACAAGCCCCCCAUUCUGAUCCAAAAUGAGAGCCACAGCCUGGAGAGCAGUCAGUACUACGCCCCGGGGAAAGACCAAGUGCAGGACUGCGGGAAACUCCCCGACAGUUGCCAAACCGGCCUGAGAGAGAAGGACAUCAAGAGCACCUGCAGGGAGGAGCAGAGGCCAAGGACAGCCAACAAGGCCCCAGGGACUAAGGGGGUGAAGCAGAAGUCCCCGCCUGCGGCUGUGGCCGUGGCCGUGACUGCAGCCGCCCCACCACCCACAGUCCCUGGUGUGUCCCCUGAGAGUGUGCCCACGCCCACGCGGAGGUCUGCCGGCAAGAAGCCCCCCAGGCGCACGGAGAGGACCUCAGCCGGUGAUAGUGCUAACUGCCCACGGCAGGAGGAGCCAACAGAGGCACUGGGGGCAAGCGCAGCCAUUGCUCCAGAGCCCACCAAAGCCAGGCCUUGUGGCAACAGCAGGACAAGCCACCGCAAGGAGCUGCGGGCCUCAGUCACCUGCGAGAAGCGCCGCACGAGGGGCUUGAGCAGGAUCGUCCCCAAGUCCAAGGAAUUCAUCGAGACAGAGUCGUCAUCUUCGUCCUCCUCCUCAGACUCCGACCUGGAGUCGGAGCAGGACGAGUACCCUCUGGCCAAAGCACAGGCCGUGGCUACUGCCUCUGCUGCUGCUGCUGCUUCUGCUUCUGCUGCUGUCGCUGCCUCUGGGAGUGACCAAAGGCUCAAGGAGGCCGCCAACAGCAUCAGCAGCGGCGGUGGCCCCCGCGCACCUGUAGGCUCCAUCAACGCCAGGACCACCAGUGACAUCGCCAAGGAGCUGGAGGAGCAGUUCUACACGCUGGUCCCCUUUGGCCGCAAUGAACUCCUCUCUCCCCUGAAGGAUAGUGAUGAGGUCAGGUCUCUCUGGGUCAAAAUUGACCUGACCCUCCUGUCCAGGAUCCCAGAACACAUGCCCCAGGAGCCUGGGGUCUUAAGCACUCCUGCGGCUAAGGACGCUGAGAGUGCACCUCCAAGCCACCCCUCCGACACACCCUCAGAAAAGGCCUUGCCUAAAUCCAAGAGGAAACGCAAGUGUGACGAAGAUGACUACAGGGAGAUUAAGAAGGCCCAGGGAGAGAAAGAGAGCUCUUCACGACUGACUGCCUCUGCCAAUAAUACUUUGUCUGCUAAUCAUUGCACCAUGAACAUCAACAGCUUGGCAAUACCCAUAAAUAAAAAUGAAAAAUUGCUCCGGUCACCCAUCUCACCCCUCUCCGAUGCCUCUAAACACAAAUACUCCAGUGAGGACUUGACGUCUUCCAGCAGGUCCAAUGGCAGUGGUCUGUUCGCAUCCACCACCUCCAACAAAAAGCUUAAGGCUGAUAACCAGCUGCAGUCUCAUGCCGGAGACCUCACGAAAGCAGCUCACCACAAUUCGGAAAAUGUUCUACACAAGUCUCGGCCACAGACAGAGCCGUGGUCUCCAGGCUCCAAUGGCCACCGGGACUGCAAGAGGCAGAAACUUGUCUUCGAUGAUAUGCCACGCAGUGCAGAUUAUUUUAUGCAAGAAGCUAAACGGAUGAAGCAUAAAGCAGAUGCAAUGGUGGAAAAGUUUGGAAAGGCAUUGAACUAUGCUGAAGCAGCCUUAUCAUUCAUUGAGUGUGGAAAUGCAAUGGAACAGGGUCCAAUGGAAUCCAAGUCUCCUUAUACAAUGUAUUCAGAAACAGUGGAGCUUAUAAGGUAUGCUAUGAGACUGAAAACCCACUCAGGACCCAAUGCCACACCAGAAGAUAAACAACUGGCUGCAUUAUGUUACCGAUGCCUGGCUCUCCUGUACUGGCGGAUGUUUCGACUCAAAAGGGAUCAUGCUGUAAAGUAUUCAAAAGCACUUAUCGACUAUUUUAAGAAUUCAUCUAAAGCUGCCCAAGCCCCAUCUCCAUGGGGGGCCAGUGGAAAGAGCACUGGAACCCCAUCCCCCAUGUCUCCCAACCCCUCCCCCACCAGCUCCGUGGGAUCUCAGGGGAGCCUCUCCAGUACCAACACCCUGUCCCCUUCAACCAUCGUCAGCAUCCCACAGCGCAUCCACCAGAUGGCAGCCAAUCACGUCAGCAUCACCAACAGCAUUCUCCACAGCUAUGACUACUGGGAAAUGGCAGACAACCUGGCCAAGGAGAACAGAGAAUUCUUCAACGACCUGGAUCUGCUCAUGGGGCCUGUCACCCUACACAGCAGCAUGGAACACCUGGUCCAGUACUCCCAGCAGGGCCUGCACUGGCUGCGGAACAGCGCCCACCUGUCAUAGGGGCCUCUCCCUUGAGCUGAAUUGUGCUCUCGUCUCCAUGGACAGCUCAAUGUUUCUGGACACUGUGCUACUGAAGUUCCCAGCCACAGCAUCUGUCAAACUGCAGUGAAUAUUUUCUCACCUUUGAACAGUGGUCUUUACCCAGGGCAUGUGUGUUUGUAUGUGUGGGUGUUGAGGAAGCAGUUUGUGUGUGUGUAAGACACACAGCUCUUCAGAACACAUUUUCUUUGUCUAGUUUUCAUAAGCCCAGUCUAGACAAAGUGAUCAGAGGUUUCUGAUUAGAGGAAAUACACUUACACACACAUACACACACACACACACACACACACACACACACACACACACACACACACACAAAACUUUCUACUUCAAAUCUAAACCAUGACAUUUUAGAACAUUGAACCCAAAUCUCACAGUUAGUUAACCAGGUGCAAUGCAGCACACCAAAAGCUUGACUGCCAGUUACAAUGAACCUAGUUCUUAUAUUAUUGAUUACUUUCAGUAUUAAUAUACUAUUCCCCAUUUAUUCUUUGUAUGUAUUAAUGGGUAAUCGAAUUAAUGAAAAUAAGUCAGUUUUUUAUGUGCUGGAUGUUUACCAGGUUGCAUGUUACCAAAUACCUGCCUUUCAUUUAAUACUUGCCCCUCCAUCCAACUUUAUUAUCAACUAAAUGUGUUAUAAGCAAAUGGAUCAACUCCCACGGGCCUUCCCUGCCCUGCCCCCCAAAUAGUAUGAGAGUGGCACAGAGAUUUGGUAAGAACUCAGUGCCUUUGAAAGUGAACCAAUAUUAACGCAGUCACACCUGCGUUUUGGAACUAUGUUAGGGAUUAAAAUCUUUUGUGCAUGUGACAACAGACUCGCCCAGCACAUGCAUUCUUUCCUCCUGCCACUGUGACACAGUGGCUGUAGAGCCAUGUGGCAUUUGUCAGCCAAUAUUUUUUAAGUCUAUUCUUUCCAUGAUAGCUUUCUUACAAAUGUUCUUGGCCAAAUUGGGACAUUACCUAGAAUACCCUUCACUAGGAGUCUAUCUGUUGCCUAUCAGGCUGAGAAUUCCUUGCUCUCCUGGUAACUCUAAUCCCCUCACUCUUCAUGCGCAAUGUGCCACGUUAAGGCGUUUUGAACUGGGGGUACGUUUCAGGCUUUGAUUAGCCAGCUGCUCACUGCGCAGGGUGAGUUAUUCCUGCAGUGAUCGCAGCGCUGUUUGGGGAGCAGCAGCCGGGACAUGAUGCUCACACCCUGUGUGUCUGCUAUGUUUACGUUGUGCCCUCAAUUCUUUUCUCUUUUUUUUUUUUUACUUAAGUUUACAUUUUAGGUUUUUUUGACAUCUUGUUUACAGUUUUUGUUUGAAAUUUGUUUCUUUUAUAGUCCCUUGUCAUGCCUUAGCUUUAGUGUUCUUAUUAAAUAUAUUUGGUUAUAAAAAUAUUGGUUAAAAAGAAAAACUCCAGGAAAAAAAAAGGAUGUAAUGUUUCUUAGGCCUCUCACUUGACAAAAUAGCACCAGGAUGGUCUGAGAAAGACAGGUGAUGCAAUUUAUGGAACAACCCAUUUUUUCAAGGUAAAGGUGGCACAAAACAUUUACAAGAGAUGCUCAUGUAUGCUCUCACUGGUGGUUGGAUUGGUUCGGCUUCAUUGUUAAUGUUUUUGUCAGCCUGAUGUAUAGGUGAAGAUAAGAUGGCCAUAAUUCCUGAGCUAUAAGCACUGAUUCAAAAUUGUAGAAAUGAUUGAACUGUACAAAUGGUGACCUGACGUUAAUUUAAAAUGAGCAGGUGAAGGGCUCGUGGAAUUUGCAUUUGGCUUUAGCCUUGAAGCUUCUGGAACUAUUAACAAAAUUUCUAUUUUACAUUCAUCCAACUGAGGUGCUUGCCCCAUCCCUUUCACUAGUUGGUGGUGGUGGAGUUCACGAUCCCAUUGGAGGUUAGAAAUUUAAGUCUAACUUAAGAAAUUGUGAAUUGUUGUUUUAUUUUAUUUUGUUUUGUUUUGGAGGACUGAGGCUUAGUUCUGCUUACUCUUGCUGAAUGCUGAUGAAAUGCUCAAACUCUCACAUAAAGGAAUGACCAACCCUCAGGUCUGUCCUUGGGGUGCUUUGCUGGCCUUGUGUGGUAUCCAUGUGGUAUGCUGACCCAUAAAACCCCAUCUAAACACACCGGUGGCCUCUGGCAUUUUAUCAGCACGUUGAUGACCCAUGUUUCCCAAUAAAACUUGACACUGGCCUUUUGUUUCAUCAGUAGAGUAUGGUGGGGCAGCAGUUUUUAUUAGUUUGGAUGUAGAUGAUUAUGAUAAGGAUACAUCUUGUUGUUUGUGAAAGUCAUUCAUAACUUUCUUUUAUUUAGUUUUGUUCAAAGUAGAAAUAUCUUUCUUACAUUUUCUGAUUUAAACAGCUUCAUUGUAAAAGUUUAGACAGUACAGAAAUGCAGAAAUUAGAAAGUAGCCCCAACCCCCAGAGACAACCACUGCUCCCAGUUUCAUGUCUGUCCUUCUGGAGAUUCUCCCAUUUCAACAUAUAGUAUCUAUUAUUAUUUCUUUCUUUUUGAAGACAUAUUAUUUCUGCAGAAGUUCAACACAGGUUCAACUGACCACAUCUUUCCAUAACCUGAGUGGAUGCCAGCUUUUAUCACAAUGUUAGAGUUACCUUUCAAAGGGAGUAACUCAAAUACAUUCCUAAUCAAAAUUUGGGAUUUGUUACUGCUCUACACAGAUCAGACUUAUGUGCAGAAUUGUGCCUGGAAAGAGAGGUUUGGUUAAAACAGAUAUUUCUGGAAACUUUCAAAUUACAAAUGGAAACUUGGACCCACUAUCUAAAGAGGACUGUACUGGAAAAAUAGUCUGAGGAGUUGACAAGUUGUGUACUAGACUGGACACAUAGAACACAAUGCAAUGAGACUUUCUGCACUAAAACUUAACCUAGUAUAUACAACAAUGAUGUGUGUAUUAUAUAACAGUGAUGUGUACAUUUCUGACAUCCCAUGCAUAAUAUACACAGUUUGUAUAAAUGCAUACAUUUAAAAAUAUAUAUGUACAAUACAGCUACCAUAAAACUGUAGAACGCCUGAAGGAUAUUACUAGUGCCUAAUAUUGAGUAUAAGUCACUGCGUGUUCCCAUCACCUUGGAAGUACAGUAAUUGUUAUAAAAUUAACCAGUGCAGCCAACAUUAUUUAUGAAUCACAUCUUUGAAACUGUGCAGUAGUAUAUACAUAUAUAUUUUUAAAUAACAUUUUUCACAGUUUUCCAGAGUUACUGUUGAAAUCUGUAUCACCAAAAAAAGCAAGAUUUUUUUAAUGAUGUAGACACUCUUCAGACCCAGUAGUCUGUGUGCGAUUUCCCGUCUGUAGAUGCCCAAGAGACUUUAGCAGUCACCAGCCUUAAUGCAUGUACAGGAUAUUGUUGUGACUUAAUUUAUCUGCAGUUUUUAAUCCAUAUGAAAUUGGAAUUUAUAAACUGACUUAGAUUAAAUAUGUCUGCCUUUCUAAGGUUACAAAUGUUACAUUAAAUGAUUUAUGUUGUAAAUGAGAGAAAUUGAGUUGUACGUAAAAAAAAAAUCCACCAACUUCUGUGACUAUUUUUAUAAGAAAACUUUAGAAUCAAAAUGUGUUCAAAUAAGUAUUCUGGUCCCCAGUUCAUACUCUCUUUAGAAACGACCUUAUUUCAUGAGUUUUUUGGUUUUUUUUAACAUAGCUCCCACAGAUUAUCAUCACUAAGUCUGGUAUUUUUCAUGGGGGAGAGUAUGUUUUUCUUUAUUAUAACUACACUUGACUACUUGUCUUUCCCAUUUCCCAGCCAUCUGUGCACGUGUGCACACGUGCGGGAGACCACCGCCCCAUGUUUCAGGAAACACUGAGGAGGGGACCUGACUUCACACCGAAGGCUGCACUGGGGCUUGUCCAACCAGUGGCCCUGAGUCACUGUUCUGCUUACCUUCCGCAACGACACAGUUAGUUCCCUGACUCAUGUGUGCCAGGUUUUUCCAACUCAGACCAAUACGGUGAAAUAAUGUUCGCAAUGUGUGGUUGAGUAGAAUAAAAGAAUUUUGAAUUAACAAAGAUGAAACUAAUUAUUAGACCAGUGUCUUGCCAUGGUAUAUCCCCCUGUGUAGGAGGGGUUUUUUGUUAACCUCAUUUUUGUUCUUCUCUCCCUCCUUUUUUUUCCCCUCCUGCCCAAACUAAACUAAACUAGGAGGCAGAAACCAUGACAAAAACAAACCCAUUACUUCAGUUUACCCAGGCCUUAUCCUUAGAUUCGGAUAUGCCUUGUGGUGAAGCAGAACCCUAACUCCAUGUCACCAUGGAGACCGCCUCAUUCUGAAGAUGGCCAGGACAAGAGACUCCACUGUGCUUGCCCUCGGACCACCGACUUGAUACCCUUUGACAGAUGGUGUGGGCUAAACGCUCAGCAGUCGUUCAAAAACUGUCUUUCUCUUAUGCUGUUUUGCCUGCUACUCACCCGAAGCCUGUUCCUAUGAGAAUCAUAUUUUUUAAGAGUAACACAUCUUUUGUAAAAUCUGGAUCAAUUAAAGUCCUGAAAGACUUUUUUUUAAUGAAAGGAAAAAAAACAUGAACUGCAUUCCCAACAAUUCUGAGCCAGAGUUUAUUUCCUCGUUUUCACACUCCCAGAAAGCACAGUCUUUCAAUAUUACAGCUUCCUGACGAAUAGCACAAGAAAUGUUCAGCUUUGAGGAGCCCUGGCUGCAAAGCUCAUUAGAGCGUCGUCCCAUUACACCAAGGUUUUGGGUUCAGUCUCCAGUCAGGGCAUGUAAAAGAAUCAACCAAUAACCAAUGAAUGAAUAAAUAAGUGGAACAACAAAUCAAUGUUUCUUUCUCUUCCU